AUGACUAAAUUCGUUAUUGUAGGGUAUGUAAGGAUGAAAUAUGGUUAGAAAUAGUUACUAAUAACUUCAGUGCUGGUGUUAUUGGACUUUAUACUGCUUUUGAACUACUCCAACAUGGAAUAUCAGGUAAUGAAUUAAGUGUUAUUGCUGAAUUUUCACCUGGUGAUGAAUCUAUCAAUUAUCCUUCAAUGGCAGCUGGUGCUAAUCACUCAUUAAUGAGUGGAGAGGAUGACAACAUGUUAAAAUUUGAAAAAUAUAAUUAUUUAAACAUGCAUAAAAUUCAACAAGCAAUUGGUGGGAAAGAAAAAGGAAUAGAUAGAUAUAAAUCAACUGAAUAUUGGGAAAUUAAACCCAGUUCAAUGAAGAAGAUUGAUUCAGUAAAGUCUUAUUUUGAAGAAUAUGAAGAAAUACCAGUUUCAAAAUUACCAGAUGGUGCUGAGUUUGGUAUCUCAUUUCUUUCAUGGAAUUUCAAUGCACCUAAAUUCUUAUUCAAUUUGUAUAAACAUUUACAAUCACAAGGUGUUUCAUUCACUCGUAAGAAGUUGUCACAUAUAAUUCAAGCUUAUUCUGAUGAUACUAAAUAUGUAUUCAAUUGUACUGGAUUAGGAGCAAAAGAUUUAAUUGGAGAUAAAUUAAUGUAUCCAGCACGAGGACAAGUCGUAGUUGUUAAAGCACCACAUAUCAAAGAAAACGUAAUGCUUUGGUCAAAAUAUAAACCUCCAACAUAUAUAAUAAAACGUCCAUUCUCGAAUGAUCAAUUAAUAUUAGGUGGAUUUUACCAAAAAGAUGAUUAUAGAUCAGACAAUUACAAGGCUGAAAAUGAUGACGUUUUGAAAAGGACUACAAAAUUAUUCCCUAAGAUAUUAAAUGGUAAAUCAAUUGAAGAUUUGGAGGUUUUGAAAAAUGUUACUGGUUUUAGACCUGGUAGAUAUGGUGGUGUCCGUAUUGAAAAAGAACGUUUUGAUGAAGGUAAAAUAUUAAUUCAUAAUUAUGGUGCUGGUGGCUAUGGAUAUCAAGCUGGUUAUGGAAUGGCUCAUUAUGCUGUCGACUUGGCAUUAAAUGAAAGUAAAUUAUAG